AUGAAUUUCUUCGUGGUCUCAAUCAUAUUCACCCUAUUUUUUGGGUGUCACGCAAAGCUACGGAUCCUCGAAGGUACCGAAGCCGACGAAGGCAGUUUUCCGUAUCAAGCCUCGUUGCAGCUCGAGCGCGAUCACUUCUGCGGCGCGUCGAUCUUAAACAAACGUUACCUGCUGACCGCGGCGCACUGCGUCGCCAUCGACAACGAGAACGCGACGGCCGGCGAGGAUUUGGAGGACAGAAAAGUUUUAUGGGAUCCAAAAUAUUUGAACGUCGCCGUCGGCUCGGUUGAUUUAGAGAGCAACGACUCGACGAGCUACGACGUCGAGAAGCUGUACAAACACGAAGAGUAUGGAAAGUCGUUCGAGACGGGAAGUUACGAUAUCGCACUGAUCAGAGUGUCGAGAGACAUCGAGUUCAACGAUAGAGUGCAACCUGUAAAAUUGGCCUCUUCUCGAGACGACAUACCCGAAGACGGUGGUCUG